GCUCGGUAAAUUAUGAUAAGCUUUCGGAUAACCUUUUUAAAAUUGUACUUUGAAAACAAAAGUAAAGAAUUAUCAUUGUAUACUUAACUAACAUUUAUAAAGAUAUGGAAUUACCACAAAAAAAAUAUUACAGGCAAAGAGCGCAUUCUAACCCUAUAGCAGAUCACUGCUUUGAAUAUCCUGCACAUCCCGAUGAUUAUAAUUGGUCUAUAUUGUUUCCAAAAACCAUAGAAGAGUGUCAGAAAAAGAAACAAGUUGAAUUUCUUGAUGUAGGGUGUGGAUAUGGGGGACUUUUAGUGACAUUGUCUCCGUUAUUCCCUAAUAACUUAAUGCUUGGGCUUGAGAUAAGAGUUAAAGUAUCAGACUAUGUGAAUGAUAGAAUCCAAGCAUUGAGAUCUCAACACCCAGACCAAUUUCAAAACAUUGCAGUAUUAAGAACUAAUGCUAUGAAGUACUUACCCAACUUUUUUCAUAAAGGACAGCUAAAGAAAAUGUUUUUCCUGUACCCUGAUCCACAUUUUAAAAAAGCAAAGCAUAAAUGGAGGAUUAUUAAUAAAUGGUUGCUAUCGGAGUAUGCCUAUGUACUAGCUGAAGAGGGAAUAAUUUAUACAAUUACUGAUGUAAAGGACCUUCAUGAGUGGAUGGUGAAGCAUUUUGUAGAACAUCCAUUAUUUGAAAGGAUCUCGGAUGAAGAGUUGAAGUCUGACAUAAUCGUUGAAAAGCUAUAUGAAAGCACAGAGGAAGGGCAAAAGGUAACACGCAACAAUGGUGACAAGUAUCUUGCUGUAUUUAAGAGAAUACCUGAUGGUUAUAAUGAUAGUUAAAUAAGAGCAAUAAAAUCAUUUAUAUUCA